UGUUAUCAUUAUUUAUUAUUAAAUCAAUUUUGGAAUCAUGAAGACCACAGUCAAGUCUUCUUCAAGACUUCAAGAUUUCAGUGCGCUGUACAUACAUACGAUAUUCGAUAAGUCUAAGAUUUGAAAAGCAAAGUCUUAUUGUAAGUUUAUAAAUAUAAAAAUAAUAUUGUAAGAAGAUAAACAAAUAAAUUCCUUAUUAUAAUAAUAACUCGUAACUUUUUCACACAAUUGCACUUGUUACAAGCUCGUAAAUGCAAUGUCACGUUAAUAUACUUAUAUGUAUAUAUGUAUACUCUAGGAGUGUCACUUGAUAAGACAUUCAAUCUCUAAACUAUUUAUAGACACGAAUUACGCGUCGCAGACGCAGUUGAUGCUUAACCGUACACCAUACUCGUCAUGCAAUUUCAAGAAGAUUCGCAUAUCUGUGCUUUUGUGUCUCAAAGAACAGUCUUCGCGGAUGGCGUUCGGCCGGCCACGUUGGUCGUGAGCGAUGAAAAAAUACAAGAAAUAUUAUACGACACUAGUGAAGACGUUGUACGAUAUUUGUCACAGAAAUAUCCCGGCAUUCCGUUUAAUGAUUGCGGCUCGUUAGUGUUAAUGCCUGGAAUAAUAGACUCACACGUGCAUGUAAAUGAGCCCGGAAGAACCGAAUGGGAAGGAUUUCACACCGCCACACGAGCGGCCGCGGCUGGCGGUGUCACCACAAUCGCGGAUAUGCCUUUGAAUUCUAUUCCGCCCACUACUACUUUAGAUAAUCUCAAAACUAAAGCGAGAGAAGCGUACGCGAAAUCAUUUGUAGACGUUGCAUUCUGGGGCGGCGUGAUACCAGGAAAUCAACACGAAUUGCGAUCGUUAAUAAAUGCAGGUGUAGUUGGUUUUAAGUGCUUCUUGUGCCCGAGUGGAAUUGAUGAAUUUCCACAGGUCUCUGUGGACGAUGUGAGAAAAACUUUGUUGGAAUUAUGGACUACAAAGACUGUACUAGCGUUUCACGCAGAAUGUGAGGAACUUGAAAAAACGAAUCCGUUAACUGAUCCAGGAUUAUACAAUACUUUCUUACAUACUCGACCUGAUCUGAUGGAACUUAAGGCCGUAAAAUUAAUUUGUGAUUGGUGCAUAAAAUAUAACGUUCGAUGCCACAUAGUACAUUUGUCAAGCGCGAAAUGUUUGGCAUUAAUAAAUGAUGCCAAAACUCGUGGUGCACCUUUAACUGUCGAAACAUGCUAUCACUAUCUAAUAUUGGCCGCGGAAGAGAUACCAGAAGGCUCUACUGAAUUCAAAUGUUGUCCGCCAAUUAGGGGAAAAAAUAAUCGAGAACAAUUGUGGCAUGGUAUUAAAAAUGGAACAUUAGACAUGGUUGUUUCGGAUCACUCUCCCUGUGUACCAGAAUUGAAAACUCGUGGUAAUUUUCUGACCGCUUGGGGUGGUAUUUCCUCGUUGCAAUUUGGAUUACCGUUAAUAUGGACAGCCGCAAGAACAAGAAAUAUAUCAUUUUCUGAUAUAUCGAAGUUAUUAAGUAAACAGCCUGCAAGGUUGUGCGGCCUCGAAGACCGCAAAGGUGAUUUAUUCGUUGGAAUGGAUGCUGAUUUCAUUAUUUGGGAUCCAGAGGAGUCUAUUAAGGUUGAAGUAGACGACAUUUAUUACAAGAAUAAACUGACACCGUAUCAAGGAAAGAUCCUAUUUGGAAAAACAAUCGCAACUGUCCUCAGAGGACGAUUUGUUUUUAAGGAAGGAAAGGUUUGCGAUAAACCUGUAGGAAAAUUACUCUUACAUGCAAGUAUUUUGCAAACGAUAGAAACCUAAAAAAUUUCGUUUUAUAAUUCACGAAUCUUUCUGAUUAUUUGUCGUUUACUGUUUAUAAUACAAAUGAUUAUAAAUAAUAAAUAAUAAAAAAAGGCAAGUUGAAGAAUA